GGGCCCCUGUUUCCCGCCGGCCUCCAGAGGCGGGCGCACAAGAUGGCGGCCCCGGUAUCCCCGGGGAGGUGGUCGCCUCUCGGCUUCGGGCUCUAGCGCCGAGCCGGGUCCGGAGACAGCUUUCGCGCAGGUGACCGGAAGGCCGAGCGGUGCUACCGGGCUCGUGGGGCGCCAGGCCCGCUCGCUACUGCCCCGGGGCCCCGCUGCGUCCCCAGCCCUGCCCCGGGGCGGACCCGAAGGAAGGUCAGGGCUGGACGCCCCACCCCUCCCGGUCCCACCGCCGUGGCUGUUCUGUGGGUGGCUCACUAUCAACGUUGACGACUUCAGCCACGUGCACCUCCAUGGCGGCCUCGCCGGUCCCGGGGGAGAAGAUUAGCAUCCAGGCGGGAGAGACCGCCCCGGCCGGGGACAGGGACCUGCCGGGCAACGACUGCCCCGAGUGGGACAAGCCCGUCCCGCGCUCCUGGAGGCACAAGUGCGCCUCCUAUGUGCUGGCCCUGCGCCCCUGGAGCUUCAGCGCCUCGCUCACCCCGGUGGCCCUGGGCAGUGCCCUGGCCUACAGAUCCCAGGGCGUCCUGGACCCCAGGCUGUUGGUGGGCUGUGCCGUGGCGGUGCUGGCCGUGCACGGGGCUGGCAACUUGGUCAACACGUACUAUGACUUUUCCAAGGGCAUUGACCACAAAAAGAGCGACGACCGGACCCUGGUGGACCGGAUCUUGGAGCCCCAGGAUGUGGUCCGGUUUGGAGUCUUCCUCUACACCCUGGGCUGUGUCUGUGCCGCUUGCCUCUACUACCUGUCCGCCCUGAAACUGGAGCACUUGGCUCUCAUCUACUUCGGAGGCCUGUCUGGCUCCUUUCUCUACACGGGAGGGAUUGGAUUCAAGUACGUGGCUCUGGGAGACCUCAUCAUCCUCAUCACGUUCGGCCCGCUGGCCGUGAUGUUCGCCUACGCCGUCCAGGUGGGGUCCCUGGCCGUCUUCCCACUGGUCUACGCCAUCCCGCUCGCCCUCAGCACCGAGGCCAUUCUCCAUUCCAACAACACCCGGGACAUGGAGUCCGACCGGGAGGCGGGCAUCGUCACGCUCGCCAUCCUCAUCGGCCCCACCUUCUCGUACAUGCUCUACAACGCGCUGCUCUUCCUGCCCUACCUGAUCUUCAGCAUCCUGGCCACGCACUACAGCAUCAGCCUGGCCCUCCCGCUGCUCACCAUUCCCAUGGCCUUUUCCCUGGAGAGGCAGUUCCGGAGCCAGACUUUCAACAAACUGCCCCAGAGGACCGCCAAACUCAACCUCCUGCUGGGGCUCUUCUACGUCUUUGGCAUCAUCCUGGCACCAGCAGGCAGCCUGCCCAAACUCUAAGGGGACCAGGAGCUCCUCGGGCAGCAGGUCGCCCUGUCUGAGACUGCGUUGAAAGCAGUUUCUCAGGAGAGAAGGUGAUUUGGCAGUGAGGAGCCUAAGGAUGGCUUGUAAACUCACACCUUUUUAAAAGUUAUUAUGUUGUUAAAGAUAACGUCUUGUCCUGUGUUAUGGGGAAUCUUGAAAUCACUGGUAUCAGAAGGUGAGUUGGCUGCAUGGCCCGUGUGUUAUUUAUAAUUUCCACUAGAGGGUGCUGUUAGGUCACUUUAAAGUAGACUUGGUGAAGGAGCCGCCUGGCUUGGCCUCCAGACCUAAGAGAGCCAUGUGGUAAUGACUGGUGCCAGGCUCAGCGACACCAAGAGCACCUGUCUCUUCCUCUGAGCAUUUGGGUCCUGAAAUACACAGCCGAGAAGGUCCCUCAGCAACAGCCUAGCGUGCCUCCAGGCGAUUUGCCUAAAUUGUGAUUCAGAGGCCUUUGUCCUUUAUCUCUCUUCACUUCUUGUGGCAGCUGAGGAAGAGGGUCAGAUCCCCCUGUGGCAAGACAAGCCAGCAGGACUGGGAAGGGGAAAGACCCACCCCUGGAGGAAGCUGAGAAUAUCGCUGUUUCAGGAUGGGAAUGGGCAGGGCGGCUGUUUCCCUUUGUGGAAUCUGCUGGAAUGAUUGGGGGGGGCGGGGGGGCCCUACGACUCUCAGCCCUUUCAGUUACUGGUAGGAGCCCUGAAAUUGUAGAGGCACCUGCUCUCCUUGCCAGCUACUUCCGGUCCACGAGGCUUCUUCGUCCUGCCCAAUUGCCUUUCCGGUUGCUCCUUGACGCCCACCCUCCCUGUCUAUCAGCUUCCCGUUUCUGUUUCUCCCAGCCUGGCAUCCUGACUGAUUGUGCAGCAGCUCAGCAGCUGAGCCCGGGACAGUUGCCACUUGCCACAGAGCCACAGGACGAGCAGGCCAGGGACAUCAGCUCCUCCAUGAAGGAAUCAGCCAAUAGACCAGGGGUGGGGGACGUCCGGCCCUAAAUCGUUUGGUCUGGCCCUGCCCAGGCAUUAGGGAUGAGUGAAUGAAAUGUUUGACUAAAUACAGCAGGCUCACUUUGAAGGUGAUUAUUUUGUAUGGCCCACGAAUGAUGUUAUAAAUACCCAAAUGGCCCUGGGCGGAAAGGAAGUUCCCACCUAACCCUGUUCAGACAGAUGACAGGCCUGCCAGCUAAAGAGCUGCAUCUUCCGCCUUGAAGACGGAUGUGCAAUACUGACCCUGCCUCUCCCAGAGCCUGCAGUUGCCUUGUGCAGAGAUAGCUUGCUCCCAGAAUGGGGGAAUUCCAACGUGGAUCAAAGCUGCUUUUCAUUUCAUUGCCUGGGAAGUAUAAUUUCUGGGCCAGACUUGCUCAGUUGCAUUUGGUCUAAGACUGAAAUAGAUUGAGGCCAUCAUUGUUGUAUUUUUCUGUUGUGAUGAUGGCCAUUCUGAUAGCUAUUUCAGAGGCUUGACCUGCAGAAAAUGACAUAGAAUUAGUUCUUAGUUCUGAAAAUCAGGCUAAUGAUAUGAUUUGGCUCCUUCAGUUGGAAUUAGCUUACUUGGAAAAAACAUAUCUGGAAAUGGCAGAAGUUCCUCAAAGGGGAAGGUGGUUUGUAUAGAGAUCUGAAACCCUCAGAUGGUGGCCCGAGCCCAGGAACUAGGGAAGGAACCCUUCUUCCCAGCACCAUCUUUGGUUCACGCCAGGCUUAUGGCGUUUUGGUGCUCACAGGGUCUUGCCUUCAGAGGCCAGCUCUUUGGGCCCCUCCUCAGAGCAGACCGUUUUCACACAGGGCUCAGCCUGCGGCUGUAGGACCAAGACCUGUGUCCGCAGACCAGACCCACCUUUGUAAGCGCUCCCUCCUGUUGGGGUGUCAGCCUCCACAUUGUGCUCUGGUGCGGAUUUUAAUGCAUAUUUUUAUACACAAAUGUUUCUAAAAGGCCAAACUUGAUGCCAGGUUUUAUAUGCAGGUCACCAUAAUUUAUAUUAUAUCCGUAAUUCAAUGAAAUUUUCUUUAGACUUGUUAAUAAAAUGAAAUAAAAAUUAUGUUUCCAGUUU